AUGAUUAAUAAAUGUACUAGUCGAAAAGAACUUUCGUUUUUUGAUCAUCAAUCAACCGUUAUUCGACCAAUAAAUGUUUUAUUAGAUAUUCGACAAACAACAUUAAUUGGUAGUGUUGCAAAAAAAAGUGAUGUUAAACAUGUUGCUCUUGAACAAAAUCAACUUGAAGUUCCUCAAAAUCGUACCAAUGAAGAUAUUGUUUUAUCUUCAGCGGAUAAAUUCUAUUCUAAGAAAAUCAUUCAAAUGAAAUUUGUUUUUAUGUAUUUAAGUUGGGUUAGUGUUCAAUGUAGUCCUGAUCAAUAUGUCGUAUUUAAUGUAAUGACACCUCCAGGUCUUGGUAUUCAUCUUCGACAACCAUCAUUACUAAAAUAUUUAUUCCAUUUGCAUGGUUCACAUAUAGAACAAACAUCAUUUUUUAAUAAACAUAUUUAUUGA